AAUCCCCGGGCUGUGAUUGGCUCAGGCGCGCGUCUGUUUCCUCCCAUUGCAGGGAAGGAGAGGCUGGGAGCCUAAAAUGGCGGCGCCCACCGUUCUUCCGGACACGGGAAGCAUCCGAAAGGCAGUCUCCCUCAUCAAUGCUAUAGACACAGGCAAGUUCUCUCGGCUGCUUUCCCGCAUCCUUCAGAAGCUUCACUUAAAGGCUGAAAGUACUUUCACAGUAGAAGAAGAAGAAAAGCUUCAAGCUGCAUUCUUAGUAGAAAAGCAAGAUCUCCAUUUAGUCCUUGAAACCAUAACAUUCAUUUUGGAACAGGCUGUAUAUCACAAUUUGAAGCCAAGCAUUCUGAAACAACAGCUAGAGCAUUCCAACUUGGAUCCUCAUAAAGUAGAGGUGUUCACUACUGUAUGGGCUGCUGGAGGUCCAGAGAUGGUGGAAAAGUUCAGGCAGAGGAUUUUGUCACCUCAUAAGCUUGAUUCAGUUGGAUGGCAGCUUAACCUUCAGAUGGCUCAGUCCACCCAAGCAAAACAAAAAUCUCCUAAAGCUGUUUUAGAACUCGGAAUAACCAAUGAAGAUUCAAAGAACAUGGAGAAAGUGUUUGUGGAAUUCAGUCAUGAGGAACUGUUUGAAUUCUAUAACAAGCUGGAGUCUAUACAAGCACAGCUGGAUUCUCUUACAUGAUGCUGUGUGAAGGCUAGUUUCACCAUCACAUUCCUGCCACUUCAGUAUUGAAGACAGAUUGGCUGACAGACUUUGUUGAAAUAUUCAGUUGGUUGCUGGCUGCAAAUUACUUAUCUAUUCUUGAACCCCUGACAUUAGACAAAUGAAGUCCUAGUUGAGAAAACAGAAGUUGUAAUUGACUUCUUCAUUUUUUCAGAGUAUUCACGUCUUACAUCAUGAGCAUUGGGAAAAAUAUCAUGAGGACUGGAAGAAUAUCAUGUAUUGUUUUGCAGUUCUUAGUGUUAUUUUGAAGUUUGUCUUAUUUUGUACUGUUUUGUUUGAGUUUCGGGGGUGGGAGGGAGUUGGUAACAAUUUAUAAUAGUGGGAUAUAUAAAUUAUAUGUAUACUGAUAUUGUUGAAAGAACUGAAAAAUAUAUUGCUUCCUUAACAGUAGAAAAAGAAAACUAAAAUGAACACAGGUAGCUUUUUUGGACUUCUGAUUGUAUCAUACUUAAAAAAAUAAAAUAAAUUUGCUUCA